AUACAUCGCACUCUCAGGAUGGUCAGAGUUAUCCACCGCUCUCUUGAUCCCGAACUAUGUUAUCCGCAAAGGAGAAGGAGAUCCCGGUAAAGAAGGAUGGCUUCAUUCCCGUCCCAACAACGACCAGGCAAAGCUCAUCUUCCCUCCCGAAGAAACGUGGGGGGCUCCGUUUACUCGCCAAACUAUCUUUGGUUACCGUUUUGGGGUUCUAUGUCGUAUACUACUGGUAUCCGUUUUUCAAAGGAAGGGUAUUAGGUAUUGGGAACGCUGAUGAGGGUCUUCACCUUCAUCACAAGCAUCGAUACCUCCCUCCGAAGUUGGUUGAGGAGAAAUUCUUACGAGUCCCCGACCCCAAAUCUGCUCUGGGAGCUGCUCGUCACUACGCUGGUAGAGCCCACCUUGCAGGCUCGGAAGCCGAUUUCGAGCAAGCUAAAGACUUCCUCUCCUUCCUACAACAUACUCUCGGCAUUGAUCCUCCUCAUGCACAGCCAAUCUUCUCCUCUGGGUCUCCACAAUCUCGCCACGCCACUUUGUCGAUUCCCAAGCUCGAUAAAGCACAAGCUUGGAUUGAUGUAUAUUACCCGGUGCUGAACACACCACUCGAACACACAUUGCAGGCGUUAAAUGGAAACGGCGAGGUGAUAUGGGAAGCCGAACUAGAGGAAAAUCCCGAUAAGACAGAUCCUGAUGCGCACCGCUACGCCAAUGCUGUGCCCACUUUCCAUGGACUUAGCAGGACUGGAGAUGUGAAAGGAGAGCUGAUCUACGCAAAUUAUGGCUUGAAAGAAGACUAUGAUGCCCUCGUCGAAUCAGGAGUAGACUUUACCGGAAAGAUCGUUCUAGCUCGAUACGGUGGCAAUUUCAGAGGCCUCAAGAUCAAAGCUGCUGAAGAGCUCGGCGCGGCUGGCGUACUUGUUUUCAGCGAUCCGAAGGACGAUGGAACGGUCACUGUGGAAAACGGCUACAAGCCAUAUCCACACGGACCCGCACGAAACCCCGACUCUGUUCAACGUGGAAGCGUCCAAUAUCUUUCGUUGUACCCUGGAGAUCCAACAACACCCGGUUACCCUUCAUACGAGAACAGCACUCGCACCGAGGGAGAAAAUAUACCUAAGAUCCCUAGUUUGCCUAUUUCAUGGGCUAAUGCUAGGAAGCUUUUCGAUCUGCUAAAUGGCAAGGAUGCUGGUGUUAAUGGUUGGGGUGGAAUUGUUAGACUCAAUAAUCAGGUGGAUACCAAAGUUACGCCAAUUUGGAAUACAAUUGGUGUUAUACCAGGUCGGAUAAAGGAUGAGAUUGUUGUUCUGGGGAAUCACCGAGAUGCAUGGGUUUUGGGAGCCGCUGACCCCACUAGCGGGACUGCAACCAUUCAUGAAACCAUCCGUGGCUUUGGCGAACUACUCAAGACGGGAUGGAAACCAUUGAGGACCGUCGUAUUCGCGAGCUGGGAUGCUGAAGAGUAUGGUUUGGUUGGAAGCACGGAGUGGGGUGAAGAUUUCAGUGAAUUCAUUUCCCGCCAUGCCGUCGCUUACCUCAACGUUGAUGUCGGGGCUUCCGGUUCGACUUUCCAUGCCGAAGCAUCUCCGUUACUGGCUCACGUUAUCAGGCGUGCUGCUGAUGAUCUCCCUCAUCCUACAAGAAAGAAUGCCACACUUUGGGAUGCAACAAAAGACCAGGGUGACCUGUUUGGUGAACACCUCAACGGAUCUGUCUCUAUCCGCGCCCUUCAAACCAAUGUCCUGGACGCCCUCGGAAUAGGUGCGUUGGGAUCGGGAAGCGACUACACCGUGUUCUUGCAAAGGUUGGGCGUUCCGAGUAUGAACCACGGCUUUUCAGCUGCUCUCCAUGAUCCUGUCUACCAUUAUCACUCUAUUUAUGACACACAGCGCUUCCAAGAGAUGUACGCAGAUCCUGGUUCUCACCGACAAGUAGCCGCAGCGAAACAUCUCGGCCUUGUCGCACUUCGCAUUGCUUCGUCGCCCAUCUUGCCAUUCAACACGACGCACUACGCACAAGAACUUGAUAAAUACCUCGACGAGGUCGAGACCACUGCGGCUGACAAUAACAUCGAGGUGGACCUUUCUCCUCUUCGGACAUCCAUCCACGCCCUUCAAGGCGCUUCACUUGCACUUGAUCACGAGAAAUCCGCUGCUGCGUGUGAAUUACACCGAGUCAUCAGGCAGAUAAAGAAACGGGGUAAAAAGAUUCACAAGUGGAAGAGAAAACUAAGGAGGGCUUACUGCAAAUGGUUGAAAAGGGUAUUUGGAAAGGAAUGCAAGAAGUAUCAUCAUGGGGAUGAGAAGAUAUUCAAAGAUGUCGACGCACUGGAAUGGGAUGGCAAAGACCAUGAGAUGGAUUUUGCCUUGGCCAUCGCGGUUAUCUCCAACCACGAGCAGGGAGUAGAUUUGGGACACGGUUGCGGCCAUCGACAUCCACACUGGCCUGGAUGGCUCAUUCGCCGACUAAUCCAUGCAGUAAAACGUGUGCGAGCUGUCAACCAGAAGCUGAUCGCAUUUGAAAGAGGAUUUAUCUCCGAAGAAGGUCUACCGGGAAGGGCUUGGUAUAAGCACUUGGGCGUUGCUCCUGGUUUGUGGUUGGGCUAUGGUGCUACCACUUUUCCAGCGCUCACUGAAUCCAUCACUUUUGAGAAGAAUGCUACACACGCCGCACUCGAAGCUCAAAGACUCAAGGCCGUCAUGGACGGUUUAAUCAAGACCAUCACGGUGAACAAAGCAUGAGUCGCCAGAAUCGUGUAAAAAUAUAUAUAUCUUCCCAUUCGUACUAACACAUUACUUCAUGUAUGGACACUCGUUCGAUGAAUAUCAUACUUUUUACUAGCAUUUCACGG